AUGCACAACAUCACUCAGUACGGAACGGGCCCUUCAAUACAAAUCAGCAGAAAGUCCAACAAGCCCAAGAAGAUUAUCUGGAUGGAUUGCGGAAUUCAUGCCAGGGAAUGGAUCUCUCCUGCUUUCUGCCAGUGGUUUGUGAAGGAGGUAUUAGAGACCUACACUGCAGACCCUAAAACAGAUCGCUUCCUCCAAAACAUUGACUUCUACGUCCUACCGGUUUUGAACAUCGAUGGCUACAUUUACACUUGGACAACAGACCGUCUGUGGAGAAAAUCCAUGUCUCCGUGCGGCAACAGCACCUGCUUUGGAACCGAUCUCAACAGGAACUUUGAUGCAAAGUGGAGCAGUAUUGGGGCUUCAAGAAACUGCUGCUCGAACAUUUACUGUGGUUCAGCCUCUGAGUCUGAACCUGAGACCAAGGCGGUUGCUGAUUUUCUCUGUCGCCAUGCGCCUGACAUUCUGUGCUACCUGACCAUUCACUCCUAUGGUCAGCUGAUCCUGACCCCGAAUGGAUACAACAACUCAACAAGCAGCAACCACAGGGAACUGGUGCGAGUUGCAGAAAAAGCAGUCACUGCUUUGGAGCAGAAGCAUGGGACCAAGUACAUGGGACCUACCUCGUGGAUUCUUUAUUACACAGCUGGUACAUCACGCGACUGGGCAGCUGAUCUUGGGAUCAACUUUUCCUACACAUUUGAGCUUCGAGACAAUGGGACGUAUCAAUUUGUUCUCCCAGAGGAUCAGAUCCAGCCCUGCUGUGAGGAAACCAUGGUAGCCGUGACAACCAUCAUCAAGUACAUCAAUGAUAAACACUUCCAGAAUUCCUCUCCAGGGAUUGCGGCGCUGUGGUCAGAUAAUGCUCGCCUUGAUCUCCUGUUGCAAAGAAGCAAGCCCAGCUUCUCCAACCUUUCCUCUCAGCUGCAAGUUCCCGUUCCUGGUAACAUCCUCGGAAAUCUCUGCACCUUCCCCAGCACAAUUGCUGUGUAA